ACAUCCAUACUCCACAGCCGCCGCCGCAGCUCGCUGCCCGCAGCUCCGCACGCCGCACGGUCGUCCUCCUCUAUCUUCUUCUUCCCCAAUUCUUUCAUCUCUUUCUUCUUUCCUUUCCUUUUUCUUCUUCUUCACUUCACCUACCCUGCUCCUACUGCUCCACAGCCUCCACUGCGCCUGGUACUGCAAGAUUCAAAAAAAAAAUAAAAAUAAAAAAUGGUCCAUGUUGUCCCUGAUCGGACAUGGGGAGGGGAUUGGCUCCUGAAUGUGAAUUCAUUUCUCGCCGCAGAAUAAACCUCUGGUAAACCCCAAAUUGAAGGAGAAAGCACGCCGGGGAAGAAUUUCCAGAUGUUGUAGGGAAAAGAUGAGAGCUUUACCGUUUCAUUAUGCGGAAAUUCUGCCAUUCUCCAUUCCUCCAUUCGAUCAAAUCCCUAAGGUUGACUCGGGCUUCUGCCUUCUCUUCAAGUUCUGACAGUCCGCGGCAAAAUCCCACGGUUUCGAAUGUGCUUGCUCGUAUCAAUUCGGUGGAUCGGAUUUGGCCCUCACUCAAUCAGGUUUCCCGAUUUCUGAGUCGCGAGGAUAUAGUUUCAGUUCUUCAGUCCCAGGCAAGAUUGGGGAAUAAUCCGAUAAUUUGUUUUCGAUUCUUCAUUUGGUCUGCUUGGAAAGCUCGCUUACGAAGCGGCCUCUCGCGGAAAAUAAUUGUCGAUAUGCUUGUGAGCUCCUGCGAAUCGAAUUCAUUCGAUUUGUACUGGAGCGUUCUCGAUGAAUUGAGUAGCAAGAAAAUCCCCAUCCCUGCGGAUGCAUUUGCGGUGUUGAUGUUAGGUUAUUGGAGAUUGGGGAAAGCGGAAAAGGCAGUGGCGACAUACAGUAAGAUGAAGAACUAUGAAUGUGAGCCAAAUUUAGCCGUUUACAAUGUGCUGCUGGAUGUUUUGGUUAAGAAGGGUGUGAUUUUGCUGGCGAUGGCGAUUUACAACAAGCUGAUGAAAUCAAAUUUGAUGAUGGGUUGCGAUACGUAUAACACUUUGCUGGAUGGACUGUGCAAGAGCGGGAUGACAAAAACCACACUGAAACUGUUCGAUGAAAUGACUGUGAGAGGAAUCUCUCCAAACAGGAUUACUUACACAGUGAUUGUCUCAGGAUUGUGCAAGGAGAAAAGGACAGACGAAGCCUAUAAGCUUUUUGAGGUGAUGAAGAAUAAUGGAUGCAGGCCAGAUGCUGCUACAUACCAUGCUUUGCUUAGUGGGCUCUGUAAGUGUGGCAAGAUCGACGAGGCCCUAAUGCGAUUCGAGUCGAUUGUGAAUGAAGGUGAUGUAAUUGGGAUAGAGGGUUAUAGUUGUUUGGUUGAUGGUUUGAUAAGAGCCAAGAGGAUUAGUGAGGCACAAGAAUUGGUUCGCAAGGCUUUUGAAGUGGGUAUCGUACCUGAUGUUGUCUUGUACACAAUCAUGCUGCGUGGAUUAUGUGAAGCCGGAAAGUUGAAAGAGGCAACAGCUAUGUUGCAAACGAUGAUUGAAGUAGGUGUCGUGCCCGACACUCAAUGUUAUAAUGUCUUAAUCAAAGGCUUUUGUGACAUGGGGCUGUUGGAUGAAGCUCGAUCUCUGAAACUGGAGAUUUCCCGGCACGAUCAGUUUCCCACCACGUACACUUAUACGAUUCUUAUUUGUGCUUUGUGCAGGAAUGGUGUGGUGGGGGAGGCUCAGCAGAUUUUCAAUGACCUAGAGAGGGUCGGCUGCUCCCCUUCCAUUGUGACUUUCAAUGUUCUUAUUAAUGGGCUUUGCAAGGCUGGUGAGCUUGAGGAAGCUAAUUUAAUGCGUUACAAAAUGGAGAUCGGGAAAAAUCCUUCAUUGUUUCUCCGCCUUUCACAAGGCUCGGAUCGUGUCCCUGAUAACACGAGUCUGCAACAGAUGGUGGAGAACUUGGUUGACUCUGGGGAUGUUCUUAAAGCUUACAAGCUUCUUACCCAGCUUGCGGAUCAUAGUGGUGUUCUUCCAGACAUUAUAACAUACAACACACUGAUCAAUGGUUUCUGCAAAGCUGGGGAAGUUGAUGGCGCUCUUAAACUGUUUAAUGAGCUCCAGAUUAGGGGACUUGUCCCUGAUUCGGUAACUUAUUCAACACUCAUUAAUGGGCUCCAAUUUGUAGGUAAAGAGGAGCACGCAUUUAAGAUGUUUGAGAAAAUGGAUGAAAAUGGGUGUGCACCUAACCAAUCUGUGUAUAAAACACUUAUGACUUGGUGUUGUAGAAGGUCGAAACUUUCUGUUGCUUUCAGUAUUUGGUUGAGAUACUUGAGGAGUUUAGCCGUCAAGGAAGAAGCUUUACAGUUAUCUGAGGAAUAUUUUAAGAAAGGUGAUAUGGUGAAGGCUGUAAAGAGCUUACUUGAACUGUGUGUUGAGUUGCCGGAUUUUGACUCAUCCCCUUGUAACAUUUGGCUUAUUGGAUUGUGUCAAGGCAAUAGAACGGAGGAGGCCCUGAAGAUAUUUUCCCUUCUUGAGGAGUUCAAUGUUGAUGUAUAUGCCCCUGGAUGUGUGAAUUUGAUUAAUGCUCUAUGCGCUGUAGGAAAUCUCAAUAAAGCAGUUGAUGUUUUUCUCUACACUAUGAAGAAACGCUAUCUAUUGAAACCAGGAGUUUGUAACAGUUUGCUUCGGCAUCUUCUCAAUUCAAAAGAUAAAGCACCAAUAGCGCAUGAACUUGUUGAUAGAAUGCAGUCAGUGGGUUAUAGUGUAAACUCUCAUAUUUAUCCUGUAACAAGAUCCCUUCUUCGUGAACCUUUGUCCGUGCAAAAUAGAGAAAAGGCAGUUGGAUAGAUUGCCUGUACCUGUAUUCACUUGUGUUAUUCUAUUUUUGUCACUUUAAGGUGGUGGCAAUGUCACAGGGAUCAAGUUGUGAUUUGGCAGUCACUGCUGUAUUUCUCAUGCUGUUGCAAUGCUGUGGCAGGGAUAUGAUAGAGUUUAAAAAUGAAUCUGGAUGCAAAAGUCCACCCUCCUCACUCCUCAGCUUGCAGAUAUACUAGAAAGGGGAUGCUUGUGAAAGUACGAAAAAGUGGCAUGUCUGCACUUUUCAACUGAAUUUUGGAAAGUAUAUACGAAUGAGAAUGAGUUUUUGGAAUUUGCAACUGAUACAUAUGAGUCCAGGAUGAUGAUCAAUGUAUUGUCCAUGAUAUUACCUCUGCUGAAGGUAUCGUCACUCUGGACAAGGGGAACCCAUUUUAAGUACGGUGACAAGCCUCUGGUGUUUGCAUACUUUCUCUGUUUUGGAUCUUUAUUUUCUUGUGGCCUUCUUCCCUUAUUAUACCAUGGAUUUCAGGGCUCUUUCUAUGCCGUUAUCAUUAUUCUAAUUUCUUGAUGAGGCAAGAGGCAUCUCUUUUCCAUAUUUGUAGGAUAUUGAAGAUCUCAGCACCUUUUCCCAACAGCAUUUGCUUUGGUUCCAUCGAUUUUUAUGAUUAUCCAAGCACUCAUGUUGGACUUUGGUGGAGCAACAUUCGCGAGAAACAAUGGAUCGACCUUGUUCAAGCACCCGUGUUCUUUUGUUAGAUCGAUCACUGGACUUCGUUUUUUAUCUUCAGCUAUGAUUAUAGACACAGGUGAGCUACUUUUGAAUUGAUAAUUUUUGUUUUUAUUGUUGGUAGAAGAAAAUCGAAAUGGCAUGAUGCCGUGUGGGAUUUGAGAUCAAAUGUUUUUUGUUCUACUUGGAGUUUAGCAGCAAGGAUAGAAUCGAUUUGCGAGAAAAAAAAAUAUGUAUUUGACUUGAGGAUAUGUUUUUAUGUUAAAAGUAAUUUUGGAUAUAGGUAAACAGAGCCUUGGUUUGUGAAU